GCAGCUCAAUCUGAAGUCAAGUUAAACAUUUAUCCGUAAUCAGUCCGAUCUUCCUUCGUCUGAACUGUCAGAAGUAUGUUUUUCCCUAGUACGCGUUGAUUUUCGGAUUAUUUUUUUCUCUUUGUAUCUGAACUUUAAGCCAACAAAUACGGCCUGAUGCACCACACCACCUGAGAGUCAAUAAGGUACCUACUCUUCAUGCUUACCUUGAUGCCUAGGUAUGGCACACUAUAUGUCCUAUACUCAGGGUCCGUACUUUAUACUAGUAGCACCCGCAUCCCCAGGCUGUGGUACAAUCAUCACGUCGCAUUGGGGGCGACGGCGCACAUGGCUGUGGGAACAGCCCCAUCUCACAUCAUCAAGCCGAUUCGAUAUCUUGUAUUCAUAUGCCCCGAAACGUGGGGUGCUGGGCGUCAGCUGCUGGCCCCCAACCGGUGAAGUUGGAUCAUGUUUUCAUGCCGUUUUGCCGGAAUAUUUGACAAUAUUAUGCAGCUUAGCAACAUGAUCGCCGUUCUCGAACAACCGUAUUCAAUGGGAGAGACAGGACCAAAAUCCGGGUGGGCUGUUUUUGCCCCAUCGCAGCUGUCGGGCAUCUCUGGAGUACAUCAUUCGACUGGUUUGAGCCGCAAUCGAUCUCUCAACCCAAGAGUUGACCCCUUUCUUAUGCAUUGCGACAGCCCUCCACCCAUAAACGACCGUUACCUUUGUGAGGCUCCAGCGAGUUGGUUGCAGAUGCCACGUGCGAUCAGGUCCCCCAUACUACCAGAUCCUCUAGGGGAUGGUUGUUUGAUGUUGUGGUUUGGUUGUCACUCUAUACCAAGCCUCUUAAGCGCUUCACAGCGGCAGCUACGACUUCUAUUGAUCGCCGAUUUAUGCUUUUCGGCCAUGCUUCCUGCAGCCCUCCCUCAUGCCGUCAUUAAUGCGUUGCUGCAACAGAAGAAUCAGUGAUACUCCUGGACCCCAAAGAUGAUUAACAUGAAGGCCUCCUGUUUGAAGCCACUUUUCGCAACCUGUAAUGCGCUGCUGGGUAUAACACAUCGGUCUCCUGCCAAGAUGGCUCUCCGCAGGUCAUAUAAAGGCUGGCAUCUUCGAGAUACAGCCUCGCUCAAGAUUUGGUGUUUUCUCCUAAAGCAAACAUUGAAAACACACACAUCUCGGAAUUUUGGCACAACGUACUAGAUUACACCCCGACUGAAUAUACCAACCAUCUCCCCAGGCCUCACCGUCAUGAAGAUCACUCGUAAAAGCUCUGAUUCUUCCAGUUCUGGAAAGUGCACGUCAUGUGCAGCCACGCGAGGCUCCAGUAUCACGGAGUGGCAUGCCGAGGACUGCGUCGAUGAGCCCGCGAUGCUAAUGGCGGCCUCUGCGAGGUCUCACGAGGCCUAUGGCUCCACCACCGUCCUCAACAAUCUAGUCCAUGCCUCUGGCCAGGUGUCAUACAGCAGCAGACUUGGCCAAGUUGACACAACUGCAGUUGGGUCUAUAACCAGCCUUCCUAGCUUCGGUCUGCAAGCCGAGCCGGAGCAGCAGAACGUACGCCCGCGCGUCGACUCCCCAGCUCCCAUCUCACAGCUUCAGGACCACACAAGUCAACAGACUGUCCAAGACGCUCUCGAAUAUGAAAAACCCCGCAUCUGCGACAGGAGAUCCCUCUCGAUGCAGCUCGUGUCAUUUUGCUGGGACGUCGAGAGGGAGGACCCCAGAUCCGUCGUUGCGCGGGCCGCCGAAGCCUUCCCCGACGUGCCAUACAACGUGAGCGAGCCCGACUACGGAGACCUCGGCGGCUGGGAGCAGCACUACUGCUGGGACCAUCUCCAAGCCAGUGGUGCAGGGCCCGACACGGCCAGGGACCUCUGGUGUGAACCAGUGUCUCCCUUGAGUCCGACCAAGUCGCCUGGAUAUGGACAUGGUCCGAAUGACCAGUGACAAAUAGUCGUAGCUGUGCGUGUUAGGUGGAUCAAAAAAGGGUACAGAUGAUGAAAAGCUAGGAGAGAGUAGCUUGGUGGCUGUUUGCUAACUAAUAUAUGUUCAAACGACAAUACAAAUCUUAAAUGUAC